CUUAUCUAUGUACACGUUUCGUUUUGUUAAAUUCUUUCUGGGUACAUUUAUAAAUAGUGAUAUAAGCUGGUAAGAACACUUGCUUAUAACCUAGCAAACUACCGGGUGAGACUGAACGCUUGUUGCGAACGUUUUGAUUUAUUUGACUCAGAGACGUAGCAUGUCGUAAUGUAUGGGGUCGUGUUGUGAAGUGAUCAAGUAACACAAACUGUGUAUAAAUGGUAUGUGCUGCCUUGGUGUUAUUGUUAUCAUGCUGCAUGACUGAACACAUCUACCUAGGUUAGACAUGCGCAGAUAUAAAGAUAAACGGAAUAGGGGAACCACCUACUGGGUAUUUCAAGCUAUAGCGGACAAAGAAAAAGGAAGACAGAUCGAAUAGGUAUUUCAUGCAAUGGCGGACGACGAAACUGGACGUAGCGAGACGAGCUCUCGUACAAUGUCAAAACUACAAGAUUCCGGGGAAGACUCGGGUGACACAGGACAAAAGAAGUCAAAGCGUCUGGAACGUCCUUGGCAGUUUUCCCCCUUCCCGAGCAAGAUGACAGACCGAAAAAUGGUGUCCUUGAGGGAGGGGGUGUCCUUCCUGAGGGAGAUGCCAGACAAAGAAGUGCGGGAGCCAUUACACGUCAUCAACCUCAAGAAAAAUCGCAAGUUCCUUUUGCGUGAUCUUGACGUUGAGCCUCUAGUUGUUGCCUUACAAAAGAAAGGCAUACUGAGCAGGUCAGAACAUGAUCGUCUUCACAAGGAACGUUCAAGAAGAUUACAGCAGUGCAAACUGUUUUUGGACAUUCUAGAAAGGAAAGACGAAAAGGCAUACGACACUCUGAAAGAUAUUCUGGACGACACACAACCGCAUAUUAGGAAACAGCUGGAUAAAACAUCAGCCGAUGACGGAAAUUUUGCAGUUCUGUCAGGCAGAGAAGAUCUGAUCGAAAGUUUUCCUUACAAGUAUAUGACGGAAGACAAGCUACAACUACACGAAACGAUAAGACACCUCAUGUUUGAAAACCGAGCACUUAGGGAGCAGCUAUUUGAUAUGCGGGAAACUGCAAGAAAAACUAAAGACGAGCAACUGGAACAGUUGAAAGAAAAGGAAACUUUGACCAAACAACGAUAUGACAGAUUGGUUAAAGCAGAAAUUCGUCAGUCGGAACUUGAGGGCGAAUGUAAUGCAUUACGAAAGGAAAACCAAAUACUUAAGACGCAGGUGGCAACGCAAAGUAAUCAUCUGGUUUAUAUGGAGGAAACUGUUAGAAAAACUAAAGAAUGUCUACUGGAACAGUUGGAAGAAAGGAAAACCUUGAUCACACAACAAAGAGCUGGAACAGAACAAGUAACAGAUUUAUUCCAACCAAGCGGAGAAAUAGUGUUAUCUUUUUCCGAGUCUGAACAGGAAGCACAGAUCUUUGAAACUCUUACACAGAAUAAAGCCAACAUGCUUAAGCUUUUUUCUGAAUAUGGAAUGCGGCUUGAUGAUAUCGAACAAAGUUCCAUUCACUUUAAGUUUUCAAUUCCGGUGGGUGAUGACAAGAUCCCAGUUUUCCAAGAAGCCUCAAUGAAAACUAUCAUAGCUGGAAUAUGCCAGGGAGCAUUGAAUACUCUUCCCAGUGGAAAAACAGAGGACAUACACUUUGACAUUGAAUUUACACCUCUGGAGCAUGUUCAUUAUCACAUCGAGGCCAACGCCGUCCAGUUUGGUGAUCACAAUGAAAUGAAAAUGGAAUCCACUGAGUUUCCCAGUGCAAGGAUAACAUCAUCGGAGUCGGAGCCUUCUGAAGUGCAAAGACAGAGUAAACCAUUAAGCGGCCCAGCGAGCCCUUCCGAAACACUCUACACUGCUAAGAUUAAAUUUGCAGCCCCAGGAAGUGGUGCAGCAGAGGCCAUCAUGGCUGAACUCAGUAACCUGAAACAAGUAUCAUAUCUGGACAUUGAAUUUGAAAGAAAACAAUUAAACAAGGUUAAAUUACAAAUCCAAAGAAAAGAAAAAUCUUGGGAGGAUUUUUUCACAUCUGUCAAAAAAUUCAUUAACUUCCCUCACUUGAAAAGAGUUAUUGAAACCCAUACUGUAGAUGUCCACGUGGAGAUGCCUUUCGAUGACAUUCAAUUGACGAAUCCCGUGAAGACCAACGCUCUGCAAGUGGGGAUUAGCAAUAAGACGACGAUGGAGUCGGCUGUUCCACCUAAUGCAACCACUGCGACAUCAGAGUCAAGAUCUGGCCUUGAUGUAACAGAAGCUCUGCCUGACAGUGAUCUACAAAAUCCUGUAAAGGCCGAACACCCAGAACUGGGUAGGAGCAAUAAGAUGACGUUGGAGUCGACUGUUCCACCUAAUGCAACCACUGCAACAUCAGAGUCAAGAUCUGGCCUUGAUGUUACAGAAGCUCUGCCUGACAGUGAUCUACAAAAUCCUGUAAAGGCCGAACACCCAGAACUGGGUAGGAGCAAUAAGAUGACGUUGGAGUCGACUGUUCCACCUAAUGCAACCACUGCAACAUCAGAGUCAAGAUCUGGCCUUGAUGUUACAGAAGCUCUGCCUGACAGUGAUCUACAAAAAUAUUUUGUUCGUAAAGAUUCUGUAAAGGCCGAACACCCAGAACUGGGUAGGAGCAAUAAGAUGACGUUGGAGUCGACUGUUCCACCCAAUGCAACCACUGCUACAUCAGAGUCAAGAUCUGGCCUUGAUGUUACAGAAGCUCUGCCUUACAGUGAUCUACAAAAUCCUGUAAAGGCCGAACACCCAGAACUGGGUAGGAGCAAUAAGAUGACGUUGGAGUCGACUGUUCCACCCAAUGCAACCACUGCGACAUCAGGGUCAAGAUCUGGCCUUGAUGUUACAGAAGCUCUGCCUGACAGUGAUCUACAAAUUCCUGUAAAGGCCGAACACCCAGAACUGGGUAGGAGCAAUAAGAUGACGUUGGAGUCGAAUGUUCCACCCAAUGCAACCACUGCAACAUCAGAGUCAAGAUCUGGCCUUGAUGUUACAGAAGCUCUGCCUGACAGUGAUCUACAAAAUCGCGUGAAGUCGAACUCCUCACAGCGGGGUAAUAAAAGUCACAAACAAAUAGAACCACCAGCUCCUACCAUUACUCCUUUUUCAAAUUCAAGUCAAGAGUCAAGAUUGUGCUUUGCGCUCCACAAGGUCCACAUGUGAGUGAACUACCAAGAGUUGGCAUCCACUACACAAAACAAAACGUAAGAAGAGCUUUUCAACGCGAAGUCGAUGUGCAAGUAAUCAGACAUGAUUAAAAAUUCAAAAGUCUAGUUUCAUGUACAGCAGUCUUUAGAAUUUAUUUGUGCUAACAAAAGUACUGGUAUCUGUGGUCCAUGUUUCUUUUUACAUUAUAUGAUAUGUUUCUUCGAUUAUGUAUGUCACACUUUUGAGUGAAUUCAUAACAUUUCCACCAGUAGGGCAGGAUACCUUAACCUUUUGGCAAACACCUGGUCUCAGCACUAUUUGAUAGUGAUUCAUUAACUCAUGCGUAUGUCAUAGACGGUAUCAUACAAUGGACCCUGUUUUGUUACUGUUAUUUGAAAAACUGCAUGAACAUUCUGGUUGGGCCAUAAUGUCGACUUUUAGUUUUGCCGUCUCAACAUUCCGACAAUUCAGGACAUGCAUGUACAUUUAUCCUCAGUUUUGAGUUUGUGUUUUACCAGUCGUUAUGAACAGUAUACAUUUUCGUAGGGUCGGAUGUCAUAUACAUCAAUCGGACAUGCUAAGUCAAUGAAAGAAUACUUUUAUCUUUCGGUAGAAAAUCUGUACACCAUAUUGAUUUACGAGUAUGUACGGACAAGCGUCAGACUUAGAAGCGUUCCCUGUGGAACAUUCGGUCCCUGUAGAACGAAGAAGGUCAAUGGACGGUAUCAUAAUUACGUUCGGGCAAAGGCUAUUAAAUAUGUGUUUUACCCAUAACAUUUAUAUAUUUCAAUGGUAGAACUGCAGGAGUUUGUGAUGGUAGCUAUACAUGUAUAUAUCCGAACAGGGAUGUAGUGUAGUAAACUCUAUAUAUUUUAAUGGAUCACCAAACGUGUGUAGAUAUUGUGCAUCGUUCUUCAUAGAAAAUAGAGUGGAAUCUAAGCAUAUGCCAGUUUGUUUACACUUAGACGGUAUUCCAAGCAAAACCGUUAAAGGAGGGACUACAGAAAGUAAUCAGAAAGAAUAAAAAAAAUAUUGUUAAAAAUGGAAUGAAUCCCAAUCUGCUGUGAUUCUUGAAAUGUACUUGUUUUCAUGAGAUCAUUGUAAUUCUGGAAUAAGAUUGUAAUCGUUCUCUACCAAAAUGUGUAUAAGUUAGCCUUGGUGCUGAAUGUAUGAAAAGGCCAACCAUUAUUUGUAGCCAACCAUCUAAUGACUGAUAGUGCUAAUUACCCCCGGCCUCUCUUUUGCCCAUUGUCCAUUGCCAUUUACCUUUCAGUGAUAAUUUAGUCCUGGCUUCUUGUUGUCCAUAACUAUCAGCGCUAAUUACUGUAAAGAGUUGGCUAUCAAUGUCUAUUGCUAAUCGCCUAUCAGCGCCAAUUAUCUGUUGGCUACCCUUGUUUAGUUUCCACCUUUUGCUAUCUUACUUUUGUUGUUCUUACGUGUAAAAACAUGUUCUCUGCCUUAUAUCAUUCAUUUACCUGAUGAAGGAGUAAGCAUAUAAUCCGAAACGUUGUGUUUCUUAUAAUAAAGAAGUUGAUAUCCAUAAAUUCCCUUCCUUUAUCAUAUAUUUCUUUUAAGGAAUGUAAAAAUGUGUUUGAUGAUGAAUUAUAACAACAAUGACUUUGCAUUUGUCUGCUACCAUAGCUAUAUUUGUCUGUUUCUUUUAAAUAAAUGUUAAAAUCUA